GGCGCGUCCAAGACGUACGCGGAAGAUCAACUUUUCGUUGACAUUUCGGGUUCGGUAUAAAUUCGGAGGGCAGCGCUCGUAAAAGACAUAACUUAACAAUAGUUUGUGAAGUGAUCACCGGAUCUACCCCAAGCAACAACAUGUACAAAUUCUUGGUACUCGCAGCCACUUUGGCCUACGCUUCAGCGGGACUAAUCGCUCCCCACGCCAUCGUGCAACCGGAAAUCGUCCAUAAGAGUAUCCAGGCCCAAACCCUGGUGGACCCACCGAAAGUUAAAACCAUCAUCGAAGUCGCCCCAGUUGUACAUGCCGCCCCAAUCGUCCAUCACGCCCAACCACUCCUGAAAGCCGUCCCGGUAGCCAUCUCCGCUCCAGAAGUACACAAAACCGUUCAGGCUACUUCCAUUGUACAUUCCGCCCCAGCCGUACACACUGAAACCAUCGUACCGGCUGUAGUUAAGGCCGCCCCCGUAGUACACCAUGAAGCCGUAGUGCCAGUAGUAAAAGCCGCCCCUGUUGUCCACCACGAAGCUGUCGUACCAGUAGUGAAAGCCGCCCCAGUAGUCGUGGCUGCCCCCGAAGUACGUAAGACUGUCCAGGCCACCUCCAUCGUCCAUUCUGCCCCAGCUGUACACACUGAAACCGUCGUACCGGCUGUAGUUAAGGCCGCCCCCGUAGUACACCACGAAGCUGUCGUGCCAGUAGUUAAAGCCGCCCCCGUGGUCGUAGCCGCCCCAGAGCUUCGCAAGACUGUGCACGCCGCCUCUAUCGUACAUGCCGCCCCCGUGGUGCACCACCAAGCUAUCGCCGCCCCCGUGUUGUUUAAGUCUGUACAUUCCGCACCCCUCGUACAUGUUUAUUGAGCCCUGUGAUUGUUAGCUGUAUAUAAUUAAUAAAUAUGUAAUUUAUGAAA